UAAAUCAUGAUCAGCUAGUCAUUAUACCUAAGCAUAGCAUUAACGUUCCCAACAUUAAAAAUAAUUUACAUUGGCGGCGGUUACAUUUUGUUCGUCGCGUUAGCCAUACCCACUUAACAUGCGGUGUCAGUAAAUAAAAAAUAUAGUAGAAAAAAAAAAGAAUAUUAAACUUGUAGGACUUAACCUGUCACUAUGAUAAAGUCAUAUUUUAAAGUUUCCAACUAGAGGGUAAAAAAUGAAUGUUAAAUGUGUUAUAAUAUUGUGGAUUGUAAUGAUUGUGAGUUGUCAACCAGCAAAAUCUAUGCAAAGCCAUAGCAGAGAAACUGUUAGACAAAAGGAGAUGCUAAGACAAGUUGAAAUUCAAAAUAGACUGGACCCUACCGACGAUGCGACAGAACAGGUGAUAGAAGAUUUAUGGUCUUUUGCGGAAAUACUGGUUAUAGACGACCAAGGAAUCUUUGAGGGCAUAGGUUUCACUAAUGAAACAAAAAUGAAAGCUAUUUUACCUGUAGAAUACCACGAGCUUAUGAGAAACUGGUUAAUUGAUAAUCGUGAUUUGCGUCGUCCAGAAGAUCCAGCUACCUUAAUAUAUAGGACAAAAUUUGGCAAAUUGAUGAAAUUCCUAAUGGUUCCAGCAGAACGAAUAGAAUUUCUGAACGAAUUAAAAAACCCAAAGGGUGAAACUUCAUAAUAUAUUUAUUAAGGUUGUCAUACAUUUUACACUCAUGGUUU